CAGUGUUGGAAACUGUAAAGGUUUUGUUGUGAAAUUUAAAUUUCAUCAAAUUGCGAGAGAGAGAGUUUUGCAUUUACUCUCUUGUCUGCUCUUCAGUGUGUCAUUUAUUCAGUGUUGUUAUUAAAUUGGACCGCCUCGGCAUUACCACGUGAAGUGAAAAUACACUCAGUUUUCCUUUAAAAUACAUAAAUUGUUUCCCAAUUGAAUUUCAUAUCAAUUGGAAAGUUUAUCUGAAAGCGGAAGGACAAAUCAGCGUAGAUUUUAUUUUGGAAAAGCAUCAAAAUGGCUUUGCGUGUGCAGUUUGAAAACAACGACGACAUUGGCGUCUUCAGCAAAUUAACAAACUCUUAUUGUCUGGUAGCCAUAGGCGGCUCAGAAACAUUUUAUAGCAUUUACGAAGGUGAAUUAGCCGAGACGAUACCAGUUAUUCAUGCCAGUAUCGGAGGCUGCCGCAUUAUUGGUCGUCUUGCCGUUGGUAAUCGUAAUGGGCUUUUGGUGCCCAACUCUACAACAGAUGUGGAACUGCAGCAUUUGCGAAAUAGCCUACCAGAUGCAGUGAAAAUUCAACGUGUCGAAGAACGUUUGUCAGCGUUGGGAAAUGUCAUAGCCUGUAAUGAUUAUGUGGCUCUCGUACACCCGGAUCUGGACAAAGAAACAGAAGAAAUUAUAGGAGAUAUUUUAAAUGUGGAGGUGUUCCGUCAAACUAUAGCGGAUAACACACUUGUUGGCUCAUACACAGUUUUAAGCAACCAGGGUGGCAUGGUGCAUCCUAAAACAAGCAUUCAAGAUCAAGAUGAACUUUCAUCGCUCCUGCAAGUUCCAUUAGUUGCCGGCACAGUGAAUCGGGGAAGUGAAGUACUGGCUGCUGGCAUGGUAGUUAAUGAUUGGAUUUCAUUUGUGGGCAUGAAUACUACUGCUACAGAGAUUUCGGUGAUCGAAAGUGUCUUUAAGUUGAAUCAAGCACAACCUGCUACAGUCACAACGAAAUUGCGUGCUGCCCUUAUCGAAGACAUGUCGUAAAAUGUGUACGGAGAUCAAUAUUCAUGGAACCAAAGGAAUGCAAGUUUUUCCUUAUUUUGGAAUUGUUUUAAAUAGAUUAUGUUUUCCUUAUAUAUUGAUAUAAUUAUACAUAUGACUUUAAAAUUUCUGUUGUAAUGAAAUUUUAUUUUGUAGAAAACAAAUACUUUAAAACAAUAAAAUGUUGAAUUUUUCUACUUCAA